AUGAAGGCUAUCAGCUCUCCUGAUGACCACCGUCUCGCUUGCGUGGAUAUAAUCAGAACUGUAGGUUUUCCUGUGAACAACACAGACAGUUUUCUCCUAAAAGCGCCUGCAGAAGGCUCGACAUGUCCAGGGAUGAGGGAACUGUCUCCUCCUCCGCUGAAUCUGAAGCGUCUGUACGGAGAGACUCUGGAGACGGAGCCGCUGUUGCUGAUCAUCUCAGCCGGAGCCGAUCCGUCACAGGAGCUCCAGGACCUCGCCAGUCAGACCGUGGGCCGAGAGAACUACCAUGAGGUGGCGAUGGGUCAGGGUCAGGCUGAUGUGGCUCUGCAGGCGCUCAGAGAGUGUGUGCGCUCGGGGGAAUGGCUGUGCUUGAAAAACCUGCACCUCGUCACGCCGUGGCUCCCCCUACUGGAGAAGGAGAUCAACAGUAUGAAACCCAAAGCCGGCUUUAGACUCUGGUUGACUGCUGAGGUCCAUGCGAAGUUCCCUCCCAUACUCCUCCAGUCCAGCCUGAAGAUCACCUAUGAGGCUCCUCCAGGGCUCAAGAAGAACCUGACGAGGACAUAUGAAUCCUGGAGCACGGAGCAGAUCAGUAAAGGUGGUCACCUGACCCGAGCUCAGUCUCUCUUCUGCCUGGCCUGGUUCCACGCGGUGUGUCAGGAGAGACGCAACUAUAUUCCUCAGGGUUGGACGAAGUUCUACGAGUUCUCUCUGUCAGACCUGAGAGCCGGCUUUGAGAUCAUCGACCGUCUGUUUGAAGGUGGGAAGGUGUUUCAGUGGGAAUUCGUGCACGGUCUCCUGGAAAACGCCAUCUAUGGAGGCCGCAUCGAUAACGUGUGUGACCUGCGGAUCCUUCGCUCGUACCUACAGCAGUUCUUCAACGCUCAACUCCUCGCGCAGUCGCACACACACUCUCGUGUCAAGAAAACACACGCUUUCCCGGCUCAGAUACGCCUGCCCAACUCCUGCAGCAUAGCGGACUAUCGUGCGGUGGUGGACGCUCUUCCUGAAGACGACAAACCCAGUUUCUUCGGCCUGCCUGCAAACAUCGAGCGCUCUUCACAGAGAAUCGUCAGCUCACAGGUGAUUUCUCAGCUGAGGAUUUUGAGCAGGUCCGUAGCGGCCGGCUCCAAAUUCGACAGAGAGAUCUGGUCUAACGCACUCUCACCCGUGCUCAACCUGUGGAAACGUCUCAAUCAGGGUUCCUCAUUGAUCCAUCAGAAAGUGGCUCUGCCCAGCGAGGGCGUCGGCUCUCCCGUUCUCUCAUUCGUCCAGCUGGAGCAGUUUAAUGGCAUACGAUUGGUCCAGAGCAUCCACCAAUCGCUGGCCUCGCUCAGUAAGGUCAUCCGAGGCACGUCGCUCAUGACUGCUGACGUACACAAGCUGGCCACUGCACUUCUGAACCAAGAGUGUCCGUUGAGUUGGCAGAAUAAAUGGGAAGGCCCGGAAGAUCCGAUGCAGUAUUUGCGAGCCGUGGUGUUCAGAGCGCUCGCAAUUCAGGGCUGGGUGGAGAGGGCCGAGAGGGCUGGACUGCUGUCGGAGACGCUGGAUCUGUCUGAGCUUUUCCACCCGGACACUUUCCUGAACGCCCUGAGACAAGAGACCGCCAGGUUGAUGAGCUGCUCUAUGGACAGUCUGAAGUUCGUGACGUCGUGGAGGGGCAAGAUUACUGAAGCACAACUACAAGUGAAGAUUGGCGGUUUGCAGUUGGAAGGUUGUAGUUUCGAUGGAAACCGUCUGUCUGAAAGCCAUCAUGACUCUCCCAGUGUGUCUGCCGUCCCUGCGUGUCACAUGGCCUGGAUCCCACAGAGCACAGCGGGAAGUUAUUCUCCAGACGAGUGCAUCUCUCUGCCCGUGUACAGCAGUGCCGAGCGUGUGUGUGUGGUGACAAACGUGCAGCUGCCGUGUGCCGGAGAUCAUGACACAUGGAUCCAGAGCGGAGCGGCACUCUUCCUCAAACAGCAGUAACACACGCACACACACACUCCACAAUCCAUUUAUAAUGCACACACAGAUAUUAUAAUCAUUUUAUGUCACUACAUGUCUUGUAUUUGUGUUUGGAUUCAUAUGGGGGUGUUUUUGUCUCGAUCGCUGCAUUACUGUAGUAUUCAGUCAUGUUGCAUAUAUUUAUAUUGUCAAAUAAAAUAGUUUUCUUCAAGAUCA